GCUCUGCGGUCCUGCCACCUGCCGCCCCAACGCACCACAUGGAGGAGACUGAGCCCCAGUGAGCCGGGAACCAGCAGGAAAAGAAGGUGGACCUUUACGACUCGCUAUAUGAACCCGCGCAGCAGCGGCGGCUCCUCACACAGCGACCUGCGGACACAGAGAUGAGGCUGACGGACACAAGUGCCGGUGCCCGUGCCUCCUACUGCGGUCUGCGUCAGUGCUCUCGCUGCUCCAGGAGAUGAUGCCCUCGGUGCCUCCUGAAGGACUCCCCGGGUUUAUCGCUUGCUUGUGAGCACCCUCUCUGGGAGGAAGAGGAGGAGGAGGUUUCCAUGUUAGUAUCUCGGGGUAAACAUCCAGCAGGGUCAGCGAUGGCCACCCCGUCUCCAGCCGCGCAGUCAGCCCCGGCAUCUGCAUUGUAAGGAGAAACUGGGAAGGAGGAUUAUGCACAGAUAAGAAAAACACAACAACGGGUUUUUGUUGUUGCGUCUAAACCAGACAGAGCUAUCACUUUGGAUUACAGGGUUUUGUUGUUGUUGUUGUUGUUUUUUUGCCAGCAUGAACUCGCUGUAUUUCUCCGACUCCCCGCCCGGUCCCGUGUGCAGCGUUCCGGGAGCCGGGUCGGGCGCGGCGACCAGCGCCCUGCGUAACGACCUGGGCUCCAACAUCCAUGUGCUCAAAACCCUCAACCUGCGAUUCCGAUGCUUCCUCGCCAAAGUCCACGAACUGGAGCGGAGGAACAAGCUGCUGGAGGGCCAGCUCCAGCAAGCCCUGCAGAGGACGAAGUACCGGCACCUCUACACCCGGGAGGUCGCGGUGCAGACGGACGGCCCUGAGUCGCGGCUGCCGGGAACCAUCUGGAGCUUCACCCACGUCCGGAGGCAAGGGGAGCGCACCGAGACCGUGCAAGGGCCCGGGGUGUCGUGGACGCACCCGGACGGAGUUGGGGUCCAGAUAGACACCAUCACCCCAGAACUCAGGGCUCUGUACAACGUGCUGGCCAAAGUCAAGAGGGAGAGAGACGAGUACAGGAGAAGAUGGGAGGAGGAGGUGUCCAAACGGGAGAAGCUGGAGUCUACGGUGGAAACCCUGCAGCAGAGUGCCCAGGAGUCGACUGAGGUCAAGGACGAGCUGAGCGAGAAGGUGGACAGACUGAAGGCGGAACUCGUGGUUUUCAGGAGCCUGAUGACUGACCAAAUGUCUGACCUGGACACCAAGAUCCAGGAGAAAGCCCGGCGGGUGGACAUGGACAUCUGCAGGCGGAUCGACAUCACGGCCAAACUGUGCGAUGUGGCGCAGCAACGCAACUCGGAGGACAUGUCCAAGAUGUUCACUGUCAGUCCGGCCCGGUCGCUCGCAGAGAAGGGCGCCAUGGCCUGCUGCAGGAGGAAAGAGCGUAAAGCGGUGUCUGAUGAGGAGAGUUCAGAGAUGGAUGCCGAGCCCAGCCUUUCAGAGGAGGAGGAGGAGGAGGUUCCCGAGACGCUCAACAUCACGGACGAAAUGAAACGCAUGCUCAACCAGCUGCGCGAGACGUUCGAAAUCGACGACGAGUGCGACAGCCUGACGUGGGAGGAGAACGAGGAGACUCUGCUGCUGUGGGAGGACUUCACCAACUACAACGUGCCGGCCGCCAUCACUGCAACAAGCGGCGCCACAAACGGCAACGGCGAAGUGGCUGAUCCGGACUCCCAGGAUGGAAGCCUUGGCAGCCUCAUUGAUGAGACAGAGUCACUAUUUAAGAACAGAGAGCAGGAGUACCAGGAGAGCAUCGGCCAGAUCGAGAUGGAAUUGGCCACAGCAAAGAGCGACAUGAACCGACAUCUGCACGAGUACAUGGAGAUGUGCAGCAUGAAGCGAGGCCUGGACGUGCAGAUGGAGACGUGUCGCCGGAUGAUCAAAGGCGGCAGGAACUCUCCCUCUGUGGCCAGCUCUGUGGCCAGCAGCGACUCAGGGAACACGGAUGAGAUCCAGGACGAGAUCUUGGACAAGGACGCCGAGGCAGAAGCCUCCGCUAGUUGUCCCGUCUCCUCCUGACCACCGCUCGUGAUCACAGGGGUUCAAGGUGUAUGGAGCUCCACCCUGCUCGAGGUGGACCAACUUAACUCUGGGCCUGUUUGACCUGUUAAAGUUCAGAUGGUCAGGGUCACUGAUGCAGGCCCAGAACUGGUGCUUUUAUACUACUUCUGUUGUUUAAGUGGUUUGGAGGAGGGGGGCGUCUUUGCUUUACAAAGAGAAAAAGGGUGCAUAAAGAGACGGAGCUGUUUUCUUCCUCACUGCUGCCUCACUGGAUUCUUGUCCAGAGCUUCACAUCAUUUUUGACGGAGAGAAAACAAAAAGAAAUUCUCACACGUUUUAAACUGGCUGAGAAAUAUUUUCUACAAAUUCUUACCCAAUUAAAGUCCUUUUUUUCUAAAGGAAUUGAAAAUAGUACAUAUUGUGCUUCUUGUUCGGUGAACAACGAAUAUAUUCAAACAUACACAAACACAAAAAAAUGCAUCCAUCUGUUAAAUUUGAAUAUUUAUGAUUUUAGAUCGCAGAGAGUCACUUCACCUCGAUUGGAAAACUGCUUUGUUUUUGUAUCAUUUAAGUCCCGGUCGUGUGAUUUGCGAUCCAGUGUGUGUCCUGCCAAGGAGUCGAGACAACGAGCGGAGACAAAUGGUGUUGGAGUUCUGCUGGUUUCUGGGGGAAUUCUGCAGGGUUGCCAAAGUUGACAGAGGAACGGAGCACAGCCUUUUGAUGCAUCAGUGCACUACUGAAGUUCUAUGCAAUUCAGCUGGCCUUAUAUUUUCAGACUGGCUUUCACCCUUCAGCGGUUCUCUUCAAAUACGAUUAGCCUUCUCAGCAAAGCAGGUGUUUUCUAUGUAUCAUUUUGAGCGUUAGAGUGUGAAAAAAUAAUCUACAUUUGUUUUGUCGUGGACAUCAACAGUAAAACUGGAACAGCGCCCCCUAGAGAAGGGACGAAUCACGCCAAUAACACCAACGCUACUUGCUACAGAAACAGUGCUGACUCAGAUUUAUUUUACAGGGGAAAGAUUGUUCUCAGCUUGUGCAGUUUUAUUUUGAGCACAUAAAGACAUCAAAGACAUAUCAUCCCAAACAAGUCAGAUACUGUCGUUUUCAUGAAAGAAAUCAAAUAAGUUAUCAAAGUCAAACAAGGCUCUGAGACCUCAUAAGCAAAGCCAAAGGACACAUAUUUCACACAAGUAUGAUUGUUAGAUGUCAUUAUUCAUUGUAUAUCAGAGAAAUAUUCCUUUGAUUAUGUGGUGUUAUUAUUAUUUCCUGCUGUCCUGCAGGGGGCUCUGUUCCAGGCGAGUGGCACAUCCUGCUCUGUCUCUCCUGAACCGGUGCUCCACUGUAGUGUCAGACUGUACAUAGAGGGCUGUAGGCAUGUGAUCGUACACCCCAGAGGCCUUUUUGUGUUGGAGUUAGUCUUUUGAAACCGUUCGAGAUGUCCAGCAGUUUCUGUGCUUCCACUGGAUUUGUGCAGAAACUGACCAACGCAUGGGGACAGAGGGGAUCUUUGGAAUCGCCUCUUUGUAUUAUAAUGUAUGUACAGUUUGCUGGAUCAAAGAUUUAAGUGCUACUUCUUUCUUGGAAGAUUCACAGAAGCAGAAUGUCAAAACACAGGCCUUUUCUUAUUUCAGCAUGUUUCUCCAGAUGAAAAGGAGCUAUGAGUCCUUUUUUUUAUAACUUAAUUUUUUUUAACUAAAUAGCUGCAAUGCAGACUGUGCUGUACGUUUUUUAAUCAAAAUCAUAUCUAUUCUAAUCAUUGAUUAAUUUGUGGCAUAGAAAAUGCUUUUUUCACAGAUGACUGUGUGUUAACCAAUGUUAAUGUUGCCAUAUUCAGCUUUUAUUAUGUUUUCAGGAAUAGUAAACUUCUUCCAGAUGUGUUGACCACAGCAGAUCACCCAUUAUUAAAAAACUAAUUUACUUUAUCGAACAAGGACGAGGAACGAUGAGAACGUCACAUGCAUUUUUGUUUGACCUGACGUAAAACCAGUCUGAUCGGUAACAAAGAGCCAUACUUUUGUCUUUACUGUACUUCUCAGCUGUGAUAUCAAACACAUCCACAAGCAGCAGGUCUCACUAGAGCGCAAGCCUCCGCCAAGGCCCAAUGGUCCCCUUGUGAUCAGAUCCAGAUUGUUAGUCCCCUCAACAUGCCAGAUUAUUUGAAUCAAGAUCCAUGAAUUAUUCUGCCCCUGAUCUGGAUCCACACCGAAAUUAAAUGGGUUCUUCCCUGACGCAUGCCACAUCCCACCACCAGGUGUCGUGUAAAUCCGUCCGGUAGUUUUUGCGUAAUCUUUUUCACAAACAAACAGACAGGGGUUAAAACCUGACGUCCUUGGCGGAGGCAUCAACACAACACGCUGUCUCUCACUUCACUCAGAGCGUCACACUAACCAGCCAACCAAAGCAAACAUGUACAGUAACAUACGACAAAGAUGUAAAUCAAGCUAUAGUAUCCUACUAACUCAGUCUCAGUGUUUGUACACCCCCUGCCACACACACGUUAGUUUGCCGACUUCUCCAUGAAGAACGUGUUGUCGUGUUCCAGAAUCACUAACUCUUGCAGACUAUCAGACAUGUCGGUGUAUUCUCUCCACUGUUCCAUCACUUGAAGCAGGUCACAUCCCAGCUGUGUUAUUUAAAGAUACUGUAGCACUCCUCGUUUCUGAAUGUAGCUUCACUGGAGGCCUCCUCUAAAGACCUUACAGGUUAACGCAGAGAAAAUGUAGCCGUUUCAAUCCAGGGAUAUUUGGUGUGCUGUUACUUUAACGGAGACCUUGGUAUGUGUUGCUUUACUAAACGGGUUCUUACCAACUUACAGUAUGUGACCUAGGUGUAUUUAAAGUAGAUCCUGGUGGAUGUGAAUGUUUCCUACUCAAAUGGUUUUAUACUAGUGGGUUUUAUCAGUGUUGACAUGGGAUUAUAUGGUUGUGUUGACAUAUGGUUUCACGUGUUUAUUUGCAUACAUGUUUGUCGUCAUUAUUGCCUUGACUUUUGAUUCCAUAAAUAUAAUGGGGAGAUGAAAAAAUAAAAGGUGCAGCAAUACUCGUGGCCAUAUUUGGGUAAAAAUCUACAAACGCAUUUCAGAUACUGGUCUUUGUGUUUCAUUUGCAUCACAGGUUAAGAGGUUAAUUUAAAUGGUUUUCUUUUCUUGUUUUUUGGGGGUUUAAACUACUGAUACUAUGUAUUCAUGUUGGUCCGGGGCAGAUCGUUUCAAAGUUAUGAAUGUACUCAGUUGAUAUUGAAUAAAUGAAAUAAAAUGGUGGAUUGGAUAAAAAUCAA